AUGGGGCUUGGAAAGGCGAUUCAAACUAUUGGUUUCUUUGCACACUUAAAAGGGAAGGGCUUGGAUGGACCCUAUUUAGUCAUUGCUACUCUUUCUACCCUCUCAAAUUGGGUGAAUGAGGUCUCCAGGUUUGUGCCCUCGGUGAAUGCAAUUAUCUACCAUGGUAAUAAGAAAGAAAGGGAUGAGAUAAGGGGGAAGCACAUGUCGAGAACAAUAGGCCCUGACUUUCCCAUUGUGAUAACUUCAUAUGAGGCUCUGGUUGUUACACUGUUGGCCAGAGCUUGGAAAGAGCAGAGUGACUUAAGUUGA